AUGUUUGAAGAAGGGACGCAAAUCACAAUGGCAGACGGGAGUAUCGAAGACAUCCAUAACAUAAUGGAAGGUUCCAUGGUGAUGUGUGACGAUGGUGCCGCUACACGAGUUACUUCUAUUUUUAGAGAUAUUCAAACAACUUAUGUUCUAAGUCAACGGACAAAACAUAGAAAAAUCGAAACUAAUGCCACAUCACUUAGACCAUCAUGUACGAAAGUUGACGGGAUUCUUGAAGUGAGAUGCUCACUAGGACAUACUAUUAAUCUUACGCUCUUCACUAAACCAACAUUCGAAAAAUCUUUUAAAUUUAAUCAAGUAUUGGUACGAUGGGUAAAACUGGUGGACAUUGUGACAUCUGACAACAGAAUUAUUAAUAUUCCUAAAUAUCAUAAUAAAAAAUUUCCUCUAGAUGAUGUUGGUAUAUUAGAGGCACACACUUAUUUAGAAAAUAUUCUAGUUCAGAAUAACAAGCCACUAAGUUUUGACAUAGAAGUUCGAGAUCUGGAUUAUUUGGAUGCUCAGACACGUUCGAGAUCAAAAUUAUGUUUUAAGCCCGUACUUUCAGGUAAUGGAAGAUUAUCCGAAUUCUUAACAGGUCAACGUCAUUUAAACACACUGAGUGUCCAAAAUAUGGCUUGGUUAUUAGGCCUUUGGAUAGGUGAUGGUACUACAGUUAGACCUGAGAUAUCAGUGGACAGUUUGGAUGUUAGUCUGAUGGAUGCUCUUAUCGAACUAUGUGAGCCGUGGGGUAUAUAUCCUGGUUAUACAGAUUCUGUUAUUCCGUUAAGGGCCAAACAUGUUAAAUUAUACUAUGGAAAGAAACCGGCAAAUAGAAAAUAUUAUCAAAACUGUAAGACUAAUAAUCCAUUUUGGAAAGCGGUAACAAAUCUUGAUUUCAAAAAUAGGGAAGAUGGUUCAAAAGAGAUACCUCAAUUCUUAUGUGGUGAUGAUAUCGAAAUUAGGGAAGCUUUCUUAGCUGGGUUGAUUGACGCAGAUGGCUAUGUAGCCAAAGAAUUAUCUCAAUCUGGAAAAUACCAAGUCAAUAUUCAAACCAUAUAUCCAUCGGUAAUGAAAGGUAUUGUUAACAUAGCCAGAUCUCUCGGCAUUAAUGCAACUGUAACAACAAAACCUGAACGAAUUGCAAUCAUUAAAGGAAAAGAAGUUCAUUGCAAACUCACUUAUGACUGUGGAAUAACUGGUAACACGGCCCUCCAAAAUAUAUUAUCCUAUUGCCGUAGUGGUCAUAAAAUUAGACCUAAACCGGCACUCGUCGAUAGAGGACCAACACAUUUUACAUUUAAUGAUAAUAAACGUGGACUAAAUCAUGUUUAUUCUUUAAAGUUGGAAAAUUCAAAGAAAAUUUUACUAGGUAAUAAGAUGUCUCUAAAUACCUGUAAAUCCAAUUGUAUGAGCGAACAAAAAAAGCUAUCAAAAACAAAAAAUCUGAAACAAUGUUUGGCAUGCCAAUAUGUUGGAAUAGGAAGGUUCUAUCGUGAUUGGACAGGGAAAAAUAAACUUUGUUCGAGAUGUUAUUCUAGGUAUAAAUUCAGCGGUUACAGGUGUGAAUCUUGCAAUUUUGUGCCCGACUCCAGAGAGAUUAAACGAAAGUCCACCCAGGUGGAUAAAACUUUAAUUGGGUUGUCUGUCAACGAAAAGUUAGGAUGUAGUCAUUGCACGGGAAUUCUGAUGUAUGAUACAAUAAGAGGUCCAAAUAGACAGAUGCAAAUGAUCCAUGCUAUGUAG